GCGCCCCACCACGCCCCACCACGCCCCACCACGCCCCCCGCAGCGCCAUGAUUUCCUCCGCCGGCUGAUGGACAGCGGGACCGCGCAGGCCGCAGCCACAGCGCUGGCCCACGAUGUCCGGCUCUAAGGACAAGAUGGUGCCAGGGCCUGAGUGCCGCCUGCGAGGAGGGGCCACGUCCAGCAACACGUCCAGCAACACCGACAAAGCCAUGCCGAAGGUGGGGCCCUCGGAGAAGGCCAAGCCGGACCACGAGGAGAUCAAGAUGUCCAGCGACAAGGACAAGGAGGCCGAGGAGCCGACGGACGAGAAGCAGGACAACGGCAACGAGAAGAAGGACAAGAAGGCCAAGCGCAAGGAGAGGCACAGGUUCAGGAACGGCGGCGACGACGAGAACCCGCCCCUGAGGAAGCCCUGUUGCUUCUGCUGGUGCUGUUGCUGUAGUUGUUCAUGGUUUACCAACUUCCUUUCAAAUUGUGUGAGCUGCCUCUGCUUCAGGCGAUUCUUGAGACUGCUUUCCGAAAGCUUGACGUCCAAGAGCGGUGAUGACGACUGUAGGAACGGGGAUCCUGACCCGAUGGAUAUGUUGACCUGCGACGGGGAACCUCCACCUCCUCUAGAGGAGAUCCGAGCGUGGGGAAAAUCUUUCGACAAACUGAUGAAAAGUGCAGCUGGCCGAAGAGUGUUUCGUGACUUCCUGCGAUGCGAAUACUCGGAGGAAAACAUCCUCUUCUGGCUGGCCUGCGAAGAGCUCAAGAAGGAAUCCAAUCCCGACUUGAUCGAAGAAAAGGCUCGUUUCAUUUAUGAGGACUAUAUUUCUAUUCUAUCGCCUAAAGAGGUGAGCCUGGACUCGCGGGUCCGCGAGCUGGUCAACAGGAACAUGGUGGACCCGACGCCGCGCACGUUCGACGAGGCCCAGCUGCAGAUCUACACGCUGAUGCACCGGGACUCGUACCCGCGCUUCGUCAACUCGCAGCUGUUCCGGCAGAUCGCGCAGCUCGACAACAGCGGCGGCUCGCAGACCGGCUCCACGGCGGGCACACCGUCGGGGGCGUCCGGGACCGCGGCGCCUGGCGGGGCGGGCCCGCAAGGGGGCGGUUCGCUGCGACGCCAGUCCAACGCGUAG